GGGUCCGCGGCGCGGCGCGCGAGGCGCUGGUUCCCAGCAGCGAGCCGCGAGCGCCCGCCGGGUCCCGGACGCCAGGACAAGCCCGGACAUAACUCCGGCCCGGUCGGCCAUCGCCCGGGGCUGUGUCCAGCCGCAGCAGGACAGAGAGAGGGAACCGACGCGGAGCCCGGCUCUCGCCGGCCGGGCGGUGUGGACAGGGGAAGGGAGGUGCAGAGUCGCUGAACUCACGGGCAGCGGUGGACCGUCCGAAGGCUGCGGGAUGCGAGCGGAGGACAAGGGCGUGCUCGGGGGCGGCGGCGGCGGCAGCGACGCGGGACUGGCGGGCGCCGCGGCGCGGGGGCAGGUGGAGAAGGUGCGGCAGCUCCUGGAAGCCGGCGCCGACCCCAACCGAGUCAACUGCUACGGGAGGCGCCCGAUCCAGGUCAUGAUGAUGGGCAACACCCGCGUGGCCGAGUUGCUGCUGCUCCAUGGGGCCGAGGCCAACUGCGCCGACCCCGCCACCCUCACCCGGCCCGUGCACGACGCGGCCCGGGAGGGCUUUCUGGACACGCUGGUGAUGCUGCACCGGGCCGGGGCGCGGCUGGACGUGCGAGACGCCUGGGGCCGGCUGCCCGUGGACCUGGCUGAGGAGCGGGGCCACUGGGAGGUGGCGCGGUACCUGCGCGCGGCCGCGGGGGAUUGAUGGCAAGUCCCCCCUCCCGCCCCCGGCCGCCCCACGAGGACAUUUUUUUCCUCCCCAGCACCCCGCUUCCCUCAAACCCAGUUCAAAGAAGUCUGCAACACAGGACCGGACAGCAGAGCCUCUCAAAGCCUGUCCAGCCUUCCCCAGCCACUCAGCUUCCCCGGAGGAGCCAAACAGGCAUAAGUUGCUACACGUUUUUUGGGAGAAGCCGAAGGCAGAAAGGUGGGGCAAAACUGGAUCACCGACUUUUAGGGAUGUGUGGUGCUCCAGGUGUCCUGCUCGUCUCUGGACUUGGUGAUGGAUGGAACGCACAAGUGACAGUGACGGCCGCGAACCUUCCCAGAGCUGACGCUGCGGUGGGUGUUGGUGGCGGAGGUGAUCGCAACUAGGGCGCAGGCAGUGGGUACUUUUGCCCCUACUGACCUGGAGGAGCUUCCCCUUGAACCCCAGUUGCAGGUCGUAAUCCCUGGCGGCUAGAGGAGACCCGGAAGACUAGAUUUGGGGGAGUGGCAAUGAGGUGGGCACCCGGUAAGGUCUGCCAUCUGGGCAGUGCAGGACAAUUCAUUUGCAAAAUAACACUCUCCAGAAGAAGCCCUGAGGACCCCCGCUCAGCUCCCUCAGGUAGCAGACAGGGAGAAGAAGACAUGGGGGCCACAGCAAAUCUGCCCCUGUGUCCUAAGAUGUAUCCCAGUGAAACAGCAGCUCUCCAAAGGUGCUGGCUGGCUUUCAGUUAAGUCUUGAUUGAAUUGGCAUCUAGGACGCAGCCAAAGUCAGUGCAGUGUCACCGUGAGAACACACUGGGAGCAGGCAUUCUAAGGAUGUGCUAUGUAAGAUAGAACACAAAUCCCCCUAUGAAUUGUCGUUUAAGAAGAUUUUAGUGAUGGUUUGAACUUUUGCAUUGUUCUUUUCUGACAGUGUAUUUAAGGGGGAGACUAACUCAUGGUCCUUGGUAAAGAGGUCAAACAGAAAGAUUUUGUUGUUGUUGCUUUAAACAAAGGGAAACAGAGCCUCUCUACAUAGUCUAGUCUAGCGCCCUCAAUCCCUCAAUCUUCCUGCCCCAGCCUUCCAGUCUUGCACCACUGUGUACAGAUGAACUACAGAUUUUUAACAGAACUACGGCAUAUGGCAAGCCAAUGCCAUUUUUCUUUUCACCCAACACCUAGAUUAGCUUCAUACUAAACCUAUUUAUUUUCCUUGUUCAUUUUUUUCUCACUGUUUGCUUUAUAGAGUAUUUCAGGGGAAUAUUCCUAGUGUUUAGAAGAUAGAUGGACUUGCCCAGUAAAUUAUUUUGGGAUUAUUUCUCAAACGGUGCUGAAAAGGCAGAAUGAGUAUAAACCUGUUAAAAACAUGAUUGCUUGUGGGAUUCUAGCUGAACAAAUUACUAGUAUACUGCUUUGGAACUUAAUUUCAGUGUUGUUUAAUUCCUUAUAGAAUUGGAACAACUGAUAUUUCACUGAUUUAAUAAAGAUUAAGCAGUAUAGAUUCGGAUCUAGGAUUUGGUUUGGCUUUAAAAUGUAUUUUCAUGAACUUAACCGGUGAUUUCUAAAAUAUUAAAGGUUCAAAAAUAUUUACACCUUU